CCAGCACUGACAUGAAGGUGGUCCUGUGUACGUGUCUGGUGGCCCUGGCCGCCUCCUCCUUGGCAGACCCAGGUAUCUACGGCGGCGGCGGUGGCCAUGGUGGAGGUGGAGGUGGAGGGCACGGUGGAGGAGGUGGAUACAGUGGUGGAGUAGGCCACAGCACCAGCAAUCUUGGUGGAGGCUACGGUGGUGGAUUCGGCGGCGGUGGAGGAGGCGGAGGCGGUGGAGGCCAUGGUGGGGGAGGUCACAUCAAGUUUGUGAUCGGAGGCGGCGGUGGAGGCUUCGGCGGCGGUGGAGGAGGAGGAGGAGGUGGAAUACACGGUGGAGGAGGUGGAUACAGUGGUGGAGUUGGCCACAGUAACAGCAACCUUGGUGGAGGGUAUGGCGGUGGCGGCGGCGGCGGCGGCGGCGGUGGCGGCGGUGGCGGCUAUAGUGGAGGCGGUGGACACAUUAACUUCAUCAUUGGCGGCGGCGGCGGUGGCGGUGGAUUUGGCGGUGGUGGCGGCGGCGGCGGCUACAGUGGCGGCGUAGGACACAGCACCAGCAACGUUGGCGGCGGCGGCGGCUUUGGACACGGAGGCGGCGGCGGCGGCUUCGGACACGGAGGCGGCGGCGGCGGCUUCGGUCACGGAGGGGGCGGACACGGGAAGGGAUACGGGAAAUAAGAAGAAAAUCAGGAAGAAAAUGGACUACCUUUCCCCUCUUACAUAUCACUGCUUACUAAGAAGACCCGCCGGAGAACCCCAUCAGUGCGACCUGACAUCAGUGUGACAUCUGUGUGACAUUAAUAAUUAUACACAUAGGACCACU